ACAGUCACUCUCCCACUGAACUCGGAGGUGGAAGCAGUGCAGCUCUGACAAGUGGUUGGUCUAGUUUCGUGACGUGAGUCGGUAGUGUUCGUUGUACGCUGUACACUAUCCAGUUGUGAGUUGAGUGUGUUGUGAACGGUGCUUGCAACUUAGCUGCUUUGCCAGCCAGGCCAGUGACUGCUUCACAAGUGAAAGGUUGGAAGGCGGCUUUUUGAACUUUUUGUCGCCAAACGAAUAGAGCAGCGCGGGAGUUACACUACUCGUGCAGUAGGUAAGAUAUAUCAUGUUCUCAAAUAAAAAAUAUUGAAUGCCGUAUGUAUAUAGUGUAAAACAGGUACAAUAACUGCAACCGCCCUCAUAAAAACUGUGAAUAGGAAUUCAACUGACCAAAAAUGUCGUCGUGGUGGGAGGAUCCUGGAUCCACAGUCUUCAAAGAUCUGGAUUUUAGAGAUCUGAAUGUAGAUGAAGCAUAUCUGACCAUCAAAGACUUGGAAGAGAAACACUUCAGUCUAUACUCUCUCUCAGAGGAUUGCUACAAGUGUCCCUUCUCUCUUGUAUCAGAAUUGAAAAAUCGCACAGGCAGAUUCAUUGUGAACACAAAAAAUAAUGUAACUUGGAGGCUGUACUCUAGAAAAGAUCCUACAAUUUUUGCCAACGAUACAAGACUCUUAUUCUGUGAAGACUCUCCAGAUAAUUUCGGAGAGUUUGGCGUUUAUGAAUGGCAUGUACUGAAUGAGAAAUGCGAUCUUAUAACUGCAAAACAGCCCGUCAGUAUUCGUUUACCUCUCAUAAUGAUUUGUUUUUUACUGUUGAUAAUGUCUUCAUUCUAUUACUUGGUAUUCCAUGUAAUUUGCAAACCAAGCAAGAAAAAACACCAAGAAAAUGAGGAAACCAGGAAUGACAGAAGACGGAUAAAAGCCAUUGAUACGUUCAGAGGGAUCUGUAUUCUAUCGAUGAUUUUCAUCAAUGAUGGAGGUGGUGCUUAUUGGUUUUUCAAUCACGCCACAUGGAAUGGCCUGCUGCCAGCUGAUUUUAUAUUUCCAUGGUUCCUAUGGAUAAUGGGGGUAUGCAUACCAAUAUCAUUGAAGUCACAGAGAAAAAAAGCAAUUUCUCGUUGUAGCACUUUUCAAGCCAUAAUCAAGAGGACAAUUAUCCUAUUCACUGCAGGACUUGCCCUCAACACAAUCGUUGCUGGACCAUCUUUAAAACACUUGAGGAUUUUUGGAGUCAUGCAACGUCUGGCUGUGUCCUACUUUGCCACAGCCACUGUGUCAAAUUUCUUCACAUUUGGCUCUUAUGACACAUCAGAUAAGGGCAAGUUUAGAAGAUAUUCGAACGAUGUAUUAAUGCUGAUUCCUCAAUGGAUAAUCUUCUCAUGCAUAUUGGCUGUACAUAUUUACUUGACAUUCUUUUACCCUGUACCAGGAUGUCCACUAGGCUACCUGGGUCCUGGAGGAUUACAUGAGAAUGGAAUGUUCAGCAAUUGCACAGGUGGAGCAGCAGGCUAUUUUGACACCAUCAUUCUGGGAGUGAACCACAUCUUCCAAAAUAACGAAAUCAUUCGUGUUUAUGGGUCACAGAGCUUUGAUCCAGAAGGGCUCUUGGGUUGUCUGACAUCUAUUUUCCAAACGUUUUUGGGAGUGCAAGCUGGUGCUAUAAUGAUCUACCAUAAGAGCCCAGAAGGGCGCCUGAAAAGAUGGCUCACAUGGUCAGUUCUGUUGAUUGUCGUGGGUCUCAUCUUGUGUCAACUGAGGAUCAAUGGAGGUUGGAUUCCAUUGAAUAAGAACUUAUGGUCCGUAUCAUUUGUUAUGAUAACAUCCGGCUUUGGCUUCGCACUUCUUAGUUUCUGUUACUUCAUCAUCGACCAUUGUCAAUACUGGAAUGGAUCUCCUUUCUUUUUUCCAGGUAUGAAUUCGUUCCUGCUCUACUGCGGUCAUGAGGUCACAUACAAGAUGUUCCCCUGGCAUUACAGUAUCGGCUCGAUGAAUACACAUUUCAUGCUGACCAUUGAAGCUCUUUGGGGAACAGCAGUCUGGGCUGUCAUUUCAUACAUGUUGUACAAAAACAAAUUCUUCUUGACUAUUUAAUAUAUUUAUGAUGUCAAGAAUUGUCUCAAAUCUAAUGUACGCAUUAAUCAAGUCAAUAAAUAUUAUGUUUUGUAUUACACCGUU